CCGACGACAGUGCAAAAGACUCGCCAAUCAGUUUCAGCGCAAUUUCAGCAAAUUGGUUUGCGAUAAUUUUGAUGGAAAGCUAAAUGAUAACUUCGGCAGAGGAGGAAAAAAACACAGUGGAGUAGCUUAGCUGUGACAGUGUUCGAAGGGUCAUUUGUGAAUCGCGCCAAUAUGUUGUUUACACAAUGAUUGUUUAAUUGCCGGGAACUAGAGAAAUAACAGAAAAACAAACAAAUUAACUCAUUUGUUUAGAAAUCCUACUUUCUUAAAAUUUCUCCAGGGUUCUACAACAAGACUCCUUGACUUAAUCCUCCUGCAUCAAGUCAACAUGAUACUGGCCGAGUCAACACAACUAUGAUCCAGGAUGACAACCUUCUAGAAGAUUCUCCAAGACAAAAGCUAUGUGGCACCAGCGAUGAUCCCCGUCGCCCAGCCGGCCAUGUUUUCCAGCCAAGUCGAGAACCAACUUGCCGCCCCUUUCUCAAUGGACGCGCUCAUGGCCGCCAGGUCCAACUACACGGCCACGUUCAUGCAGCCGUUUGACCUACGCCGAAAUGAAGGGGUGUCAGGUUACCCGGGGGAUAAAACCUUCAGAGGACCGAAUGGACUAUUCCCGUCAAUCUCACCGGUCAUUUCGCCACCCACGACAUCGAAAAACAUCAACCCGGGUAACAUCAGCGACCAAAGAACUUCUCCCUUUCACGAUUUCCGGAACUCCAAACAUUUCCAGAACUUUCCAGCCCCACCACAUCUCUCACCUCUGGAAUCUAUUUCCAGAAACGGCGUCACCUUCGGCCUCUCCCCAUUUGGACCGCACCGUCUUCACCCUUUAACCUUCCUCAACCCACCCUGUCUCAGCGCCGCGUUUCUUGGCAACCAGACCACGUUUCCAAGGAGACUUCCAAGUGACGCCCUAUUCCCCACCAGCGCCGUCUACCCUCAUUUGAUGCGGAACAUCUUCCAUUCCUUGCCCUCUGCAGGCGAUCAGCGGAAUACAAACUCCCCGUCGACCCCUGUUAAACCCCACCCAACAGAAAAACAACUAGACGCACCCCACCAAGACGACAAUCGAUGUGAAUACAAACACUACGAACAAACAAGCGAACAAUCCCACAAUCUUCCAGGCGAAUUUCGCGCCAAGCCAUCGCCAAAAUCGACCAUGUCUUCACACAGACGUCCCUCGAGAUCAGUUUCCCCCUCUCGGUCAAGGUCGCAAUCCUCGAGUUCAUCCGGUUCACUCUCGCCACUAACUCACACACCGUCUGAUCAAUUCGACUCGGAGCGUCAAAUCCCACCACACCACAACGCCAAAAACCUCCAAAAUAAUUCCCACCUUUUAAUCGACACGUUUCCGUCUCAACAUUACACCGGUGAGUUGGACCAAAAGAGGAAAAUAAACCCACCAUCCGAGGAAAGGUUGACACCGCACCCUUCAGACACAUCUGCCCGGUGUCAAGGUUUGGAUGUUCCCGAGACAAAAGAAGACACGGAGGAUUGUCCUAGUGAUUUGGAGUUGGAUGUGGAGAAUCUGGAAGCCACUGGUUCAGUCAGCGAGGCUACAGGGGACCAGUCCACGGCUGAGAGGAAGUCAAGCGAACCAUGUCAACCAUCUCCACCAUCCGUUUCCAUGGAUUCGUCUUCAACUUCCGGUUUCUACCCGCCAUCCCACUCUCACCCACCCGAACAGGCUGCCGAGUCACCCGGUCGUUCGACCAUUAUGCCAUCCGGUCGUCCGGCUAUUAUGCCGUCCGGUCGUCCGGCUGUUGAAUCGCCAUGUGAAUCGUCGAGGGAGCGCAGGUUCGAUUCAACUUUUUUACCACUCAAUUCGUCGGACGAUGACGUCGAUGGAGCAGAAACCACCUACGGUGGGAUUCGGUCUCUGGCGAGCAGCACACGACACGAUCACAGAACCGACAAGGUGGGAUUCAGUCCAGUCUGUGACGUCAUCACGUUGCGUCAUUCGUCCCGUUCAGACGACGCAACGAACAAAAACGUUGAAGGCUUGGAUUGCUUGCGUCACGAACCUUUCCACCCCCAUCUGUUUUCUCAAAUAGACCAUUCCAGUUCUCCAGAAAAGUAUCGGUCCAAAGAAUUUAACGAAUCGGAGGGGUGUAGAAAAAGAAAAUACAGUGAUACCGAAGACGGCGAAAGCCAGGAUUUCCGACAUUCUAGAACAUUUCAAGGUCAAAUCCGGCAGACGUCUGGAAACGAUUCUGUUGAACCUGGUUCCCCAGCUAACGCGGAAAACUCCGUAAGCGCCGCAUCGAAAAACCACAACAGCGGUACCGAUCUGCCUGCAGACAUUGGGUUCGACAGUGCCACCCCCACCCCCACAGGCACCAACGCCUUGGGUUUCCCCACUCCCAUGGAACUCUCACAAGACUUCCUGCACCCAUUUUCAACUUCAGCUCACCAUUACGUCCACUCUCUACGAACAAAUUCUCUCUUCCACAAGUCGACUAAAAACACACCCCUCAGCUACGACCCGACCAGGUACCACUCCAUGAUCCACCCCUUCAACCCGGGAAACCCACGACACCUACUCCCAGACCCGAAUUUCUGGUGGGUCAACAGAGGUCAAGGUCUUUCCGAUUCCGAUCAUCAACACCUGGUGUACAUCUCCGAAACACUCAAAAACCAACCGCCUCUAUUUUCCCAUGAUAACAACACCCGAUCCAAAACUUCCCCGGGAAAUCGCGCGCGGGAAAAUAAAAAAGAACUCUCCCCGUCGAUGGAAGGAAAAACAGACACCCCGGGUAAUACCCCGACCCCAUCCCAUCCCAUCCCGUCCCCCAGCCACUCGUCGCAUUCACGCGAGAAGAACAGCAUCCAUUCUAACCUAAUCAAUCUCCACGGUCAUCACGUGACCCAGACUGACACAACACUCGAGAGCACCACCCAGCCCAACAAUGCACCCCUACACGCCAGUGACAAUGAAGACGACGAUGAGACCGAGGAUGACGGGAACGCGGGCGGGAAGUCCCGCCGGCGCCGGACGGCUUUCACCAGCGACCAGCUCCUGGAGCUGGAGAAAGAAUUUCACAGCAAGAAAUAUUUGUCGUUGACGGAACGGUCUGCCAUAGCUUUCCAAUUACGUCUCAGUGAGGUUCAGGUUAAAAUCUGGUUCCAGAACAGACGAGCGAAAUGGAAGAGGGUCAAGGCCGGGAACCUGCACUCCCGCGUCUCAAACCACACUUCCGGUCCGGUGACCCCCGGGCAGCAGAAGACGAAGAUCGUCGUGCCCAUCCCCGUGCAUGUCAACAGAAUCGCCAUCAGGGGACAGCACCAACAAAUUGAUAAACAGAGAACUCUUUAGUGAUCUAGGGACAGCACCAACAAAUUGAUAAACAGAGAACUCUUUAGUGAUCUAGGGACAGCACCAAUAAAUUGAUAAACAAAGAACUCUUUAGUAAUCAAGGGACAGCACCAACAAAUUGAUAAACAGAGAACUCUUUAGCGAACAGGCAUAUACAAAGAUUUUUAAAAUAUGAUAUCAAGCUUUUUAUAUUCCUUUUUAACUAUACAAAAUGUCAGGAGAUUUUAAUUUAUUUAUCAAGUCAAGUAAAGCUGAAGGGAAUUAUUACCACAUAAUUAGUGCAAAUAUCAUGGAUAAAAUAUUUUCAUAUGGAAGGUAAUUCUUCCAUACACACCGGAAAUACGGACAUCAUUAAAACUAGAUAACAUUGGCGGAUAUUCACAACAGUUCACUACCAAAUAACCAUAUAAAUACCAAAUUUACCAUAAGUUAGUUGUGCUGGUUUAGUAGCCUAGUAUUGAUGAUGAGGACAUGAAUGUUUUCUGGACCAGUUACUGCGGGACCGCUUAGUAUACAUGUCAACCUUAACCCUAACUCUUACAAGUCAGUUAGUGUUGAACAUCUGGUUAAUUAAAGAAUCGAUUCUUCCAUGUGACUAGACAGAUUAUGGUCAGUUUAGAGCGAACCUUCAUUGAUCUAGUAGAAUAAACUGUCACUUAUGUGUGUAUGUGUCUGCGUGUGAUUGCUUCAAAGUCUUUUAACCACCUGUACAAAAGUUAUGUACAGGUACGAAGUGUACACAUUUAGAGUACGAUU